UUCCUCUCGGCGCCCUCACUCCUCCCGCUCCCUCGUGCGGUCUAGGCGGAGCUCCUCCCCGCUGGCAGCUGAUAGUGCAGAAGCAGAUGUUACGGCAGACGGUGCGCGGGGUGGAAGAGACGAGUGCAGCGGCUGGCCAAGUAGAGACGUGUGUGCGUGUGUGAGUGUGUGUGCGAGCAGGGCCACCAAGGUCGUGCGAUAGAGGCGGCGGCCGCUUACUAUGAGCAGUGCAGUGUGGAGUGAGUGGCGGCGGCUGGCAGUUAGCCCAGCUCACUCAUGGAGACGUGGACCGUGAGGCCGCUAGCUUGUUCGGCCGCCGUGCUGUUAUCGUGGCAACCAAGCAUGCCCUUCGCCCCGGAACUCGUGCCUCGGGCCUUAUGAAGGGUUGCGUGGGGUGUAGUGCGGUACACAAGUGUGAUAUUAACGGGUAGCGUUAAGUGUUAAGUGUAGAGAACCGUCCGUUGGGGGGGAGAAAGGCCCUGUCCUGGCCUUUGUGCCUUUGUAUCAAGUGUCAGCCGUUCCUACUCGAGAAAGACUCGAUGGUCAAGAUGGGCCUCAAGGAGCUUGAUUCGGGCGAGAAGAGGUGGAGUCAUCCGCCGAAGAAGAAGUGGAUUUAUAACUACCUCGCUGACGAUGAGGAGGCGAGCGAGGAGGCCGUGGCCGAGGGUGGAGUGAAGCGAGAGGUGCUGUACCGGCGGGCGGGCGAACCCUUCACUCGCUCUGUGGGCGUAACCACUGGGGGUAGCCACCCUCGCCACCAUCACCAGCAACAAAACGCCCACGCCGGUGUGGCCCCUGUGUCACCGCCACCCACACCUCGCACCGCCCCUUCCAGUCCAGCCCACGCCCGCGAUGACCUCGCCCACCAGCGGCGGAUUCACACUUUAACGCCGCCGAGUGCAGGUGUCGUGGGUGGGGGUGUGAGAACUUCGUUAGGCAUCGUGGGCAUCAGUGUGGGUGGGGGACAGCAACAGCAUCAUCACCACCAUCUUCAGCAGCAUCAUCUUCAGCAGCAGCAGCAGCAGCAGCAGCAGCAGCAGCAGCAGCAGCAGCAGCAGCAGCAGCAGCAGCAACAACAGCAGCAGCAGCAGCAACAGCAGCAGCAACAGCAGCAUCCCCACCAGAACCAGCAUCAGCAGACGUCCCCGCGGGCGUCGCUUUCGUACCCUGGUUCCCCGGCCGCGUCCCCGCCCCACGCCAUCACCCCCCGCACCAGCGCCGCCUCGCCCCUCGGCCUGGUGAGUGCUUUCCGUCAGGAUUCCUCAUCGCCGCCCACGUCCACCACCUCCUCCGAUGCCGGCGCGGCUCCUCGGCCCCACAACGACGCCCUCCAUCCCCAUCUGACCAACGGCGUGAGUCGGCCCAACGGCCUCGCCAAGUCCCUCUCGCUCUCCCCGCCCUCACACAGCACCUUCCAGCAUCACGGCUUGUACGCCGCUGAGGAGAACCUCUAUAAGGACGACAAGAAACGCUCAGGGAGCACCCCAUCCCGCGAGGUGCACAAUAAACUGGAGAAGAAUAGGCGCGCUCAUCUCAAGGAAUGCUUCGAGACCCUGCGACGCCAGUUGCCCUCCAUGGAUGAUAAAAAGAUCUCUAACCAGACCAUACUGAAGGCCGCUCACCGGUACAUCCAGAAUCUGAAAAGAAAGGAGCGGGAGUAUGAACAUGAGAUGGAGCGUCUUGCGCGGGAAAAGAUUGCUCAUCAACAGAACCUGGCGACUCUGAAGAAAGAGUUGUCAGCUCGCUGGGACCAUAUUGACUUCAGUACCCUCCUGCCUGAUGCAGCGUCCCUUGACCAGCACCGCGAUAAGGAGACCAAGUCUACAACCACUGCUUCUGAGCAGCCAGACCUGGACGAAGAGGCUGCAAGGGAUGCAGGCACACAGGCCUCUCCGAGCACCUCCAGUGACCCUCCCUCCUCACUCUCCCCACGUCUGCACAUUAACCAAUCUCAGGGGACUCCAAGCUUUACAACCAUUGAAACCACAAACAUAAAUGGCCUCGGUGCUGCUGGUCCCAGAGAUAACUUUGCAGACCCCAAUCAGCCAUUGAACCUGUCGACCAGCAUGGUUGAUUCAGCCAGAGCUUCUCCUCGGGGCCAGCAGGUGGUGAGCCAGGCAAGGUCCCCACACCACAAUGGUGAGUGGGGUGCCCGUCAGGCGUCCCCGCUUUAUGGCCAAGCUCAUUAUGACGCCACCACCAGUACCCAGGAGGAGGUGUGGGUGACACAUGCUGUCACGACCAUGACUCCCACAGUCACACGAGAUACCGUCACCACCGCACAUAGUGAACACCUUCCCAUCAUAGGCAACACAGGAAUCCACUUGCCAGCACAGCUGGUUGCAGGUGGAAUGCAGCUGAAUGGUGCUCCAGGGGGACUACUAGGGCAGACGGCCAUCCAAGUCAUCACGCCAGAAGGCUACAAAUUGUUACCUGCUGACCACGCGCCCAAUGGCUCUAAACCCCUCACUAUCACUCUGGCGCACCCUGAAGGUUUGGAUAGGACAGAUAAUGCAGAGGAGGUCAAAACAAGUGCAGGCCCCAUGAUGGUGGCCCUGAAUAAGAAUGGCGUGUCUGCUCUACACCUGGCUGUCCCUACAACAGCCCGGUCACUCAAUCAGUCACAGG